AUGGGUGGCUCGAUAUCAAAGCUGCUGGGCAGCCUCAUCUGGGGGAAGAAGGACAUACGGAUCUUGAUCCUGGGACUUGACAACGCUGGCAAGACCACCCUUCUGUACAGGCUCAAGAUUGGUGAAGUGGUCACUACAAUACCCACGAUUGGAUUCAAUGUCGAAUCCGUGCAGUAUGGCAAUCUGAAUUUUGACGUCUGGGACUUGGGCGGACAGACCUCAAUAAGGCCAUAUUGGAGGUCAUACUACGCCAACACAGCAGCUGUUGUUUUUGUCAUUGACUCUACCGAUAUUGAACGAUUGGAGAUAGCAGCGGAUGAAUUGCGGUCGAUGCUGAACGAAGACGAGCUCAAAGAUGCCGCCCUCCUGGUGUUCGCUAACAAGCAAGACCAGCCAGGCGCGCAGGGCGCCGGAGAGAUCUCCGAAGCCCUAAAACUGGGCGAGCUGAGAGAUCGAAAUUGGAGCAUUGUUGCCUGUUCGGUGAUUGACGGCAGAGGCAUCAAUGAGGGAAUGGAUUGGCUUUCGUAA